AUAGAUAUGGGAUUUUGGUCGAUGUAUCUUGUGCUCAGGUUGCGACCACUCUGUUUCAAAAGGCUUCGAAACACAGACUUUUUAAUAUGCAAAACGAAUGGAUACUAAUAAACUCGCAGCAAAACGAAAGUCUUCAGCAAGACACAUCGGCGAUUGCACACAAGACGUUUGAAAUGCAUUUAAGCGAAUCGUACGUUUUACCGGAAUCCAAUGUGUUCCUGUUUGUCGGCAUCACCAAUGGGUGGGAAAUAUGGGAGGGUUUCAAAGUCAGUAAAAUGGAAAGAAUUCAAGUGAACAGAUAUGGGAUAGUGACAACCGAUAAAUUUAAUUAUGAAAAAAAUUAUUCCAUCUCGUUCAGAUCCAAUCUACGAGGUAUCACAUUGAAGGCAACUACUGUGAUCUCAGAGCCAAACAAAUUCAAAGGUUUUUAUCCAUUUGCUGACACCGAUCUAGAUAUAUUCGCUCAGAUGCACUACGAUUUGAACAUGAUUCUACAAGAUCAACUUAACUUUAAAAUAGAUCUAGGUAUCAUCGAUAGUUUUGGCUGGAAUUUGGGAAACGGAUCGUUUAGUGGGCUGACGGGUCAACUACAAAGAGAAGAAAUUGAUUUCGGUGGUAUCGGUUCCUUCAUAAGAAAAGAUCGAAUGACUGCAAUUGACUACACCGUAGGGACGUUCUAUAGACUCCCGGCGGCGUUGUUCAAACAACCGCCACUAUCCAGUGUCCACAACAUAUGCAUUCUACCGUUCAAUUUUGAAGUAUGGAUGGUGAUGCUUUUCACAUUUAUUGGGUUUACGAUUCUUAUCGCGUUUUUGUCCCGGACAACCCGAAAGUUCAACCAGGACGAAAAAGAGACGCUAAACAUUUUGGACUCGGUCACGAUCGUGCACGGAGCAAUUUGUCAACAAGGGUACACAAUGAAUUUGAACACAGGAUCUAUAAGAGUUGCCAUUUUCGUGUUGUUUUUGACUGCGGUGUUUCUGUUCACGUCAUACUCGGCCAGUAUCGUUGCAUUACUCCAGUCACCCAGCAAUUCGAUAAAAACCAUUAAUGAUUUGGUGGAAUCAUCGAUGACGUUUAGCGCACAAAUAACUCCCUACAGUCGUAUAUACUUUGACGAAUCAGACGAUCCACUUUUACGAAAACUUUAUGAUAAAAAAAUGAAAAUUCACGAAAAAGAUAUGUAUACAGAAGCAUCUACAGGAAUAGCUAGAAUUCGAACAGAGUUUCAUGGAUUUUUGAUUGAAGUUGUAUCGGCGUACAAAUUGAUUAGCCAAUUCUGGCGAGAAGAAGAAAAAUGUGGUAUAUCGGAGAUUCAACUUUUCAAAUUGCCAAUACUUGCAUUAGCGGUUAUAAAAAGAUCUGGGUAUAAAGAUAUUUUAAAACAAAAAUUAAUGCAACAACAAGAGGUUGGACUUAAAAAUCGAAUCAUAAGACGAUGGAUCCCUGCCAAGCCUAUGUGUGAUUCUUCAAACCGAGCCAAUCAGUUUGUCAGCGUUUCUAUAAAAGAAAUUUAUCCCAUGCUUCAGAUAUAUGGGUUUGGAUUAUGUGUUUCGAUCAUAAUUCUGUUUUUCGAAAUUGCAUACAACACUUACACUCUCCAAAACAAAAAUCUGCACAGUGAUUUAUAUUUCAGUGUAUUUCGUUUUAUAUAUAAUGUUAAUAAAAAGCUUUUGGACGAACUUUCGAUGGCCGACAUAUCCGUGACGUUCAGCUCACCCAUGUUACAAAUGCAACACUCUACAUGGUACAGAUGUGCCUUUAUAAUCGAUCUAUCCUGUCAAAAUUCAACAGAAACAUUACAACAGAUUUCAAAUGAACGCCUGUUCAAUACGCAAAAUGAUUGGGUACUGUUUGAUCAGAGUUCGUUCACGAAUGAAACGAACUCAGCUCAAUUUGCAUUGCGAACAUUUAAAAUAUAUUUGGCCAAUGCCUACGUUCUACCGGAUGCGAGUGUAUUUUUAUUCUUAAACACCUAUGAUAGCGUUUGGGAAAUUUGGAGUGGUUUUCGGGCUAGUAAAUCAGACGCGAUAAGAGUGUUUGAAAUUAGCACAGCAUCGUCUAACCGGUUGACAAUGCGCGAAAUACAAGAAGAGAAAAGAAAUUUUCGUGGUAUUACACUGAAAUCUACAACAGUGAUAGUCGAAGAGAAUCAAUUUUUUGGAUUUGAUAAAAAAAUGUCUUCUGACUUAGAUGUAUUCGCUCAUAUGCAUUAUGAAAUGAUUGUUAUAUUAACUAAUCAACUUAAUUUUAAAAUAGAACUUACCAUUGUCAAUGAUUACGGAUGGUCUCUGGGUAAUGGUUCGUUCAGUGGUUUAAUCGGUCUCUUACAAAAAGAAGCAAUUGAUUUUAGUGCAGCCGGUGUUCUUAUGCGGCCAGAUAGAAUGCCAGUAAUUGAUUUUACAGUUGGCACAGUUGCAUUACAGACCACAGCAAUGUUUAGGCAGCCUUCAUUGUCUAGUGUACAUAAUAUUUUGUUAUUACCAUUCACAUUUGAUGUGUGGAUAAGUGUAUGUGCAACGUUUUGUGUAUUUGUAUUCACUUUGAUGUUUUUAAUUCGUGUGAAUAACUACUUCGAAAAACAAAAAUAUAGUUCAUUAAAUGUUCAAGAAAUAGUAACCUUGGUCCACGGUGCUUUAUGUCAACAAGGAUUUAAUUCAACUUUAACCUUGGUAUCUAUACGUGUUGUUAUCUUCGUAAUAUUUUUUACGUCGCUUUUCAUGUAUACUUCUUAUUCUGCAAGUAUUGCUGCACUGGUACAAUCAAACAGUAAUUCAAUCAAGUCUAUUAAAAAUAUAGCAGAAUCGUCAAUGACAUUUAGUGGACAAAUUAGUCCAUACGGAAAACAUUAUUUUGAAGAAACAGAGGAUUCUGAUUUAAAGAAGCUUUAUAAAACAAAAAUGGUACCUUAUGGAAAUAAAGCUUUUGUAAGAGCAACAGAAGGGAUGGAAAGAAUUCGAACGGAGUUUCACGGAUUUCUGGUAGAAGUUAUGUCAGCUUACAAAAUAAUCAGUAAAGAGUGGCGCGAAGAGGAGAAAUGUGGCUUGGGAGAGAUUCAACUUUUUAAGAUACCAAUUUUGUCAAUACCUUUAGUCAAAAAGUCUGGACACAAAGACAUAUUUAAACAAAAACUAAUACAUCAAAUGGAAGUCGGAUUGAGUAAACGAAUCUCUAGCCAGUGGAUACCACCGAAACCAUCCUGUGGAUCAUCCAGUAGAGCAAAACAAUACGUUAGCGUUUCCGUUAAAGAAACAUAUCUAACACUUGCAAUAUUUGGAUACGGUAUUUGCAUUUCAUUGGUGAUUUUUUUACUAGAAAUAGUAUAUUUCAUCUGGACGAAUCGCAGAUCCAAAAAAAUUGGUCAAAAAAAUGAACGUACAUACAGUGUGGACUACCACAUGUUGGGACACAAGUAA